AUGACCUUCACCUUAUAUCCGACACUCCUCGCGGCUCUUAUUGUAGCGAUCGUCGUAGCCGAAGAUACUGCGCUAAUCAAUACCACUGCGGCGUCAACCAUCGAGCGUUCUGACUCUUACUACAAAGUUCGACAUCUCAAGGGAGCGCAGAAGACGAAUAAUGAGGAGAGGGUGGGUGCAGUGGGUGCUACUUGGUAUGCCACUCACGAAAUGGAUAGUCCGUCGACAUCAAAGUUCAUCUCCCAGCAAUCACAGAAAAUCCUUGACACGACGAAGGACAACACUCCGCUUCCUAAGUGGGCUAAGGUUGUCGUGGUUCUCGCGGGGCUUGGCAUAGUUUCAGGCGCCGCCGUUCUUUACGCGAAUUUUGUUAAGGCGAUACUCGAUUCUAAAUAA